AUGGCGUUCACGUUCGGGGCGGCGUCCUCGGCGCCUGCGUUCGGGGCGGCAGGCGGGACGUCCACGCCGUUCGGGUCGACGGGGGCGGCGUUCGGCGCGUCGGGGGGCCAGGCGGGGGCUGCGUUUGGCGCACAGAGCAAGCCUGCGUUCGGGGCCGCGGCCUCGUCGUCGCCCCUCUUCGGCGGGGGCGCGUCCACGGGCUUGUCGUUUGGAGGCGGGUUCGGGCAGGCGGGCGGCGCGUCGAACCCGCAGCAGGGCGGUUCGCUGUUUGGCGGGUCCGGGACUCCGCAGGCGACCCAAACGGGCUCGUUGUUCGGGGGGCAAACUCCAGCCGCCGCGUCGGGCGGGGCGUUCAGUUUCGGAGGGCUCGGUCAGGCAUCUGCUGGCGCGGGCGGUGCGUUCGGCCAGGGGCCAGGCGGCAGCACCGGGCUGUUUGGUGGGUCGCCAGCGCCGCAGACGCCCGCGUUCGGCCAAGUGGGGACCCCUGUGGUCCAGCAGAAUGUCGCGCCCCUACAGGCGAAGGCGGACAACAACCGCACGGGCCCGACGAAGUGGAGCGACCUGACGGAGCCGUCUCAGGCCUGGCUGCUGGAACUCGAAUCGAAAAUCGUCAAAGCGAGCGGGGAUCUCAAGGACCUUGAGGCCCAGCAGGCCAGCGUGUCGGGCUCCCCGGACUCCCCGGACGUCAUGGAGCGCCGGCUGCGGCUCGCGCGGCAGGAGGUGGCCGCGGUGGCGCGGGAGAUGCGCAACGGCGAGGGGCUGGUGCGGUUGGUGCGCGAGCACGUGCUGCUGACGAACGCGCACGCGACGGACGCGUGGCGGCGCGCGGAGUACCUGUGCAGGCCCGUGGAGCACCGCCUGCAGCUUGCGCAGGGGUACUACGACCUGCACGGGGCGCGGCCGCUCCCGUCGCCGAUGCUGUCGGAGACGCUGACGCAGUUCGAGCGGAGGGCGGUGCAGCUCGAGGGCAGGAUCUCGCACCUCGAGACGGCGCUGUCGGCCUCGCAGGGCGCGGGCAGCGGCGGCGGCGCGGCGGCGGGGAGCGCUGUGCGGUCGCUGCCGCGCGUCGUGUCGCAGCUGAUGGAGCUCGUGGUGCGGCUGGCGGCGCGCGUGGAGGGGACGCACGCGCAGGUCGAGCGGAUGCGCGCGCAAUUCCUCGAACACAGGAAGCUCAUGGGGGACCCCUCGGACCCGUUCGCGGCGGCGGAUCGCCGCGAGCGCGCCCAGUCUGCAACGCUGCGCGGGACCCCCUCUGUCGGCCGGAUCGGCGGGGGGGGUGAUGCGGCUGCGUCGCCCGGCGCGCUGGGGACCCCCGGGACAACGCCGAUGCUGCAGUCGGGCGCGGGCGGCGCAGCGGCGCCGGCCAGCGGUGGCGGGUUCUUGUUCGGGGCAGGCACGCCUGCUGGGGCGCAGAAGCCGGCGUUCGGGGCGUCGACCUCGCAGCCGGCGUCGACAGGGUUCGGAGCGGGAGGCGGCGGGCUGUUCGGGGGCGCCGGCGGCACCACUAGCGCCGCGUUUCAGACGCCAGCGCCGACGCGGUCGGCGUCGCUGUCGAUCACACCCCCCCCGGCGGGGUCGAACCCUGGGGACAAUACCCCGGAGCUGGGCAGCGGGAAGAAACGGCACAUGUGA